AUGACUUUCGGCGUGAGCACCUCUCCCUUUAUGGGCAAAGAGGGUAUUCAUUGUACGUCCCGCAAUCUUCACGAACGACUGAUGAGAGAAUUGCGAACCAACAUCAGCCUGCGAGUGGACACCACAUCCAGCCCGGACGUGUUCGUCGUCGCCGGAAGAGGCGAACUGCACUUGUCAAUUCUGGUCGAGACUAUGCGCCGUGAACAAUUUGAGUUUCAGGUGUCACGCCCCUCGCCAGUCACCAAGAUGAUUGACGGCAAGGAAUACGAACCGUAUGAAAUCCUGAAUAUCACCACUCACGAGCAGUAUGUGGGGGAGAUCGCCGAAUAUCUCUCGACGCAUCUGGCACAACUCCGCGACAUGCGCUACGACGAUAACGGCUAUGUAGAUUUAGAGUACAAGAUACCUACCCGGGGACUGAUCGGGUUCAAUGCCUUCUUUCUUCAGACCACUCGGGGCGUUGGAGUGAAGAGCAGUUUCUUCACAUCUUACGAACCAUGGAAGGGGAGAUAA